AUCUUCAGAAGCCAUGAAUGCGCACUGGCAGAUAGUCCAUCGUUACCGCAGCUUCUUCCCAUUUCCAUGGCGCGGCGUCGCGGCACACUGUCUCCGUGGCACUCUUCUCGUCCGUUGCGCCAUGCUCACGACAUGGGAGGUGGGUUGAGGACGAGGCGCCGCGUCUUUGUGAACGCUUGGCAUGUGAGAGGGCCAACAUGCCUCUCCCGUCGUGGACGACGAGACUCGGUGCUAUAAAGCCUCCCGCCGUAACGCAACCUAAUCAUCCUUAAAUGUUCAGCGUUUUAAGAUUCGACUAUCCUAUCUCGAAGAUCUUACCCUAAUAUCGCUUAGUUGUAUCUUCGGAUUCCGAGUAGCACUCACAGCACCACCUGCUUGCGCAUCUCCCCCGAGGAGCUCUUUCGACGAGUCGUAUCGCCAUCAUGAGUCGCGCACUUCUCCUCCUUAUCGCGCUAUCCGCGUUAUUAGCAGCAGCCGGCGUCACUGCGACUAAGCCCUCCAGCUCUGGCGGAAUCGCCCUCCGCGGCGGCAGCGGCGGCGGAGGCGGCGGGAAGAGCGCCGCAAUGGCUAUUAAUCCUAGUGGAAGCGCCAAUGUUACCAGCACCGCUGGCGGCGGGAAGGGCGGCGCAACAGCAGGCGUGAAGCGCGGCGGCAAGGUCGGCGUGUUGUGCGGAGAGUGCAGCAAAGGAGGAUCCUCCGGCGGCGGCGGUUCCCGCGGCGGAGGGCGCGGCGGUCGCGACGAUCAUCACGGCUCGGGAGGGUCGCACGACGACGUUUCGCAGCAUGGCCGCGGGCGCGACGAGGAGCAGGAGGACGACUCGGAUGACGACGAGGAAGAAUUCUGGGCGGAGGGCGGCGACGACGGGGACGACGAUGAGAGCGAGCACAGGCACGGAGGCGGGCACGGGCGUGGAGGCCACUCGCACGAUGAGGAGCGGGAGAACGAGAGCGAGGACGAGGAUGAGGACGAGGAGGGGAGUGAGGAUGAGAGCGAGAAUGAGGAUGAGAGCGAGAAUGAGGAUGAGGAUGAGGAUGAGGAUGAGGGCGGUAGGGGCCAUGGCGGUCACGGUGGGCGGGGAGGUGGACGCGGGGGACGCGGGGGACGCGGGGGAGGGGGCAGCUGCGGCGAGCUGUGCGACCGUGGCGGGUGCAGCGCCAGCUCGGGCGUGGUGGACUACUGGAAGCUGCCCAAGUUCCAAGACUGCUCCAGCAGCAGCAGCAGCAGCAGCAGCAGCAGCAGCAGCGCGCCGAGGAAGGGAAACGAAGCGUGGUGUGGGGGGGGGGCAAUGAACGUGAAGGAGUGCUGCAGCAAGUGCCGGAGCACCAACGCCACCAGCAACGGCAAGCCCUUCAACUGCCGCCACUGGGUGCACAUUCCCUCAACCAGCUCCCACCGCGACAGCAGCAGCAAGCAGUGCGGCAAGUGCAUCCUGUUGCCGGCCAUCGACGCCCUCACGCCCGUGAAGGCCACUCGGGAGCGGUGCGGCAGCACCAACCACACCAAGGUGCGCGUGGGCAAGCGCUGCCCGUACGGCGAGAACGACCCGCAUUUUCUGGGCGCGCACGGCACGCGCUUUGACUUCAACGGGCUGCCCGACCGCUCCUUCUGCCUCUACACCGACCGCCACGUGCACCUCAACAUGGCCAUGCGCGGCUACCUCGACUCCCGGCCCCUCCCCGUUGCUGCUGCCACUGCUGCUGCUGGUGAUUCUGCGGCCCCUGCUGCUGAUUCUGCCGUCCUUGCUGCUGGUUCUGCCACUCCUGCUGCUGCCACUUCUGCCAGUGCUGCAUCUUCUGCUAAUGUGCUGGCUGCCGCUCGUUUUGUCAACGGCUCGGCUGUCCGCACGUGGAUCCGCCAGCUGGCAAUCAUGUGGCACGACGGUGAGGGCAGCAGCAGCAGCACAAAUGCGUCUACCUCUUCUCACUCUCUCGUGCUCACAGCACGUGACGGCAAGGAGCAGACUCGCAGCUCAACGGGCUUCCUUGCAUCGGCUACUUUUGACAACAUCCCUCUCCCUCGCUUGUCUCUUGGCCAGAGCCACCUUCUUUCCAAUGGGCGGCUGAAUCUGUCCUUUGUGGGCCAGGAGAAGACCGGCCCGUACGACGUGGACGUGUACUCGCUCCGCCUGGAGAAUCUCCUGGAGCUCGACCUGAAGCUGCGCGCUGCCCACCCUCUGUUGCAAACACCUGAGGACGCCCAGGUGCACAUCAAUGUGAUGUUUGUGGACUCGAACCCGAGCGGGCAGGUGCACGGGGUGAUGGGGCAGACCUUCCGCAGCGGCAGGGAGCGGCGAACCAUGGAGUAUUCAAGGCUUGCUGCCCUGCUGCACCACCCAGUGUCGGUGGACGGGGAGGAGGGGAGGGGGUUUCUGGAUGGGGAGGCGGCAGACUAUGAGACGACUGGGGUGACUGCCACUGACUGCAGGUUCACUGCUUUCAAUGGAGGGCAGCUGCCCCUGCUGGCAGAGUAGAGGGGGAAGGGGGAGGAGAGGGGAGGGGGGAGGUGACGAGUGUGAGAGGAGAUUCAUAAGAGAAAGGGGUCGGACGAGUUGAGCCAAGUUGGGUUUCUGUAUAAGACUGAAGUGAAAAGGUUGGGUGAGUUCUUGGCGCGAGCCAAGUUUCUAGUGAGCAGCACUUGCAGGCAGCAGGUCCCAGCAAGGCCUGUCGGACCCAUCCAAGUUCCCCCAAGGCAUUCUGUUAGGCGCGUCCUCACCUCAUGCCAAGAGGUCGCAGCAGGAGAAUUCCCAACCCCAAUCCUCCUAGGGUGGGGUUGUCAACUUAUACAUAUUAUCUAUGUAGAAGUUAUAGGCUAGACUGAGGUAUGCUUCUAGUGAGUACAACCAACUAGUAUUUGUUCUAGGUUUCCACCUCUAGGGUAACUACCCUUGGAGUUAGUAUGUAUGCGCUUGUUGCUUUGCAACGGCUUGCUGAUUAGCUGCCUAUCAUGGAGUAACACCCAUGAUGCAUGAAGAUCUUUUA